AAAAGAUGCUUUUUCCUUUUUCUCUCGUCCUUCUUUACUCUACACCUACGAACUGACGCUAGUCGGAUAAAAUUAAAAAAUACCGUUCACCAUGAAGCUUCUAACCACCGCCCUCCUAGCUAGCAGUGCCGCUGCCUUCGCUCCGUCUGCGUCGAACUCUCGUGCUUCKGUUGCCRUCCAGGAAAGCAAGGCCGACCUCGAAGUUCUUGCCAAAGAACUCAACCCUCUCGUCGGUUUCUUCGACCCUCUCGCACUUUCCUCAGACAACUUCUGGGAGCAAUCCAACGAAGCCACCAUUGGCUUCCUCCGAGAAGCCGAAAUCAAGCAUGGACGUAUUGCCAUGUUUGCUUUCGUCGGCUACAUUGUCCAUGCCAAUGGCAUCAAAUUCCCUUGGGCCAUGCAAAUGGACGGAACUCCGUUCCCUACUGUUUCCAGCGCUCCCGAAGCCUGGGAUCAAAUCUCGGAUUCUGCUAAGUGGCAGAUUUUCGCCUUUGUUGGAUUCCUAGAAUUCGUAAGUAAUCCCAAGAUUUGUAGAAACGAACACGCGCUGACUCUUGUCCUCGGACCUUUUUAUCCACUGAKGUGUAUUUGUUUCGUGCGAAGUAAACGUCGAGAAAAGUGCUGGGCUGCUGUACAUGAURUACAUCAAUGGGAUUUUUGUGAGUCUUGUUCUGAUGGCUUUUUUCUUUCUCUGCAUUCUUAUCACCGCUUGCUUAUCACAACAAACCACGCUACGACGAACGCAGUGGAACGAGGUCACCGGAACUCACUACAUGCGUGGAGGAAAGCCUGGUGACUUCCCAGACUUCGAUGCUGCUGUCAUCCCCGGAGGCGCCCUCAACCUUUACGAUCCCCUUGGAUGGUCCAAGAACCGAUCGGAAGAAGCCAAGGCUGAUGGCCUCAAGAAAGAGAUCAACAAUGGUCGCCUUGCUAUGAUUGGAAUUCUCGGAUUUUUGGCUGAGGGUAAGGUCGAAGGAUCUGUUCCUCUUUUGAAGGGAAUCAUMCCUGCUUACGCCGGUGAACCAAUGGCUCCUUUCACAGACUCUAUUCUUCCCAAGCUCACUGUAUUCACCGGUUAAGCAAAACUAUGUCGUAGUUG